CCGGCCCCGCGCGGCCGCAACCCGGGAGGCGCGCUCGGAGAUUGGCGGGCUGAGCCGGGCCCGGGGCCGCAGCUCUAGGCCACUCCAGCCACCCUGCGUGGCCCUGCCACUGCCAUGGAGAACGAGCAGGUCCCGGCUCCUCCUCCCUCCAGCAGCGCUGGCAGCACCGGCACGACGCCCAGCAGCACCGGCACCACGCGCCCACCUGCACCGCAGAUCUCUGUCUACAGCGGCAUUCCCGACCGCCAGACCGUCCAGGUGAUCCAGCAGGCCCUACACCGGCAGCCCAACACGGCGGCGCAGUACCUCCAGCAGAUGUACGCAGCCCAGCAGCAGCAUCUAAUGCUGCAGACUGCUGCUUUGCAGCAGCAGCACCUCACCAGCGCCCAGCUCCAGAGCCUGGCGGCCGUGCAGCAGGCCAGCCUGGCAGCCAACAGGCAGAGCGGCUCCUCUGGCAGCAAUGGCACGCAGCAGGCGCCUGUGCAGCAGCCCACGAUCAACCUGGCCACGUCGCCAGCAGCCGCCCAGCUCCUGAACCGGGCACAGAGCGUCAACCCCGGGGCAUCGGGCAUCGCGCAGCAAGCUGUCCUGCUGGGCAAUGCCGCCUCGCCCGCCCUCACCGCCAGCCAGGCACAGAUGUACCUGCGGGCACAGAUGCUCAUCUUCACGCCCACGGGCCCCGUCAGCGCUGUCCGGCCCGAGAGCCCUGCACCUGUCCCACCGCCAGCCCCACCGCCCGCCCCACCACCCCCCCCCCCCCAGGUGCACAGCCUGGCGCUGCGCCCCGCUGGUCCCCACCUCCCUGCCCUGGCCAUGAAGCCCCCUGGCAGCACUCCACGGGCCGGCCCUCCCCGGGCCCCCCCACCCGAGAACCCCGGUGACCACCUCAAAAAGGCUGAGGGUCCCGAUGCCCGCACCCACCCCCUGGCCCGCACUGCCACUGCCCCUGCUGCCGCCCACCCACUCGUCACCCCAGCCUACACCCCGCUGCAGCAGCCCCAGUUCCUGCAGCAGCCACCGAAGCCAAUGCAACAGCAGCAGCAGUUCGUCAUCCAGCAGCAGCAGCAGCAGCAGCAGCAGCUGGCGCCCCGUGGGCAGCCUCCUCCGGGCCCAGCUGCCCCCCAGCUCCAGCCGCUGCCCCCUGCCAGCCCUGGCCCUGCCCCACAGCCCAAAGCAGGAGCCCCCCACGGUGUGGGGACGGAGGGCACGGCCCCCAACGGGCACCCCAGCUGCUAUGGAGCACCCCGCAAGUUCCAGCACGCCUCCGCCGUCAUCCUGCAGCUGCAGCCCACGGGCAGCACGGUGAGGGACCCCCAUAGAGAGCAGGGGGUGCUGGGGGUCGGGGGGCACCUGUGGGCACUUGGGUGCAUGCACGAUGUGCUGUGUGCAUGUCAGCUCUGUGCAUGUGUGCAGCUCUUGUGCUGGGUCCAUGUGUGUGUGCAUGCACGGCCGGUGCACACCCCGCCGUUGGGUGCCGCCGAUGCCGCCCGCCGUGACGCUCCUCCCGCGGCCCGGAGCCCUCCUGCCGCCGCUCCGCCCGCCGCCGUUGCCGCCCCCCCGCCCCCCCCCGGGCCCGAAGCGCCGCCGGGAGAGCGCGCCGGCGCGCACGGCCCGGCCCGGCCCCGCUCCGCCUUUGUCCCCGCGCCGCCGCCGCCGCCGCCGCCUUUGUCCCGCCAUGGGGCUGCCGCGCCGCUGAGCGCCGCCGAGCCGGGCGCGGAGCGCGUGGAUGCGCCGCCCGCCGCCCCCGCCCCCGGCAUGACCUCGGGCAGCGGCAGCGCUGCCUCCACCGUCGCCGGCGCCGCCCCGCACAAUGGUGAGAACAAACCGCCACAGGCCGUGGUGAAGCCGCAGAUCCUCACGCACGUGAUCGAGGGCUUCGUCAUCCAGGAGGGCGCCGAGCCCUUCCCGGUGGGGCGCUCCUCGCUGCUGGUGGGGGGCCUGAAGCCGCAGUAUGCGCAGGAGCUGCUGGCGGAGCGUGCCCCGCAGCACGACAACACCACCACCACGGACUCCGAGAUGGAGGAGCCCUACCUGCAAGAGUCCAAAGAGGAGGGAGCCCCCCCGAAGCUGAAGUGUGAGCUGUGCGGCCGCGUCGACUUCGCCUACAAAUUCAAGCGCUCCAAGCGGUUUUGCUCCAUGGCCUGUGCCAAGAGGUACAACGUUGGCUGCACCAAACGCGUGGGGCUGUUCCACCCCGACCGCAGCAAACUGCAGAAGCCCGGAGUGCCCCCCCACGGCCGCCGCCGCGCCUGCAAAGUGCCCACGCUCAGCAAGGACACAAAGAAGCAGACGCCGGUGUCCCUCCCGCCGGGCUCGGGGCCGCUCUCGGUGACGGCAUCGCUGCAGCUCAACCACAGCCAGGAGGACUCGAGCCGCUGCUCGGACAACUCCAGCUACGAGGAGCCGCUGUCACCCAUCUCGGCCAGCUCGUCCGCCUCCCGCCGGCGUCAGGCUGAGCGCGACCUGGAGCUGCACGACAUGGAGCUGCCCGACAUGCACGUGAGGGAGCUGGCGGGCAUCGGGCACCGCUUCCUGCCCAGCGAGCCCAGCAAGUGGAACGUGGAGGACGUCUACGAGUUCAUCCGCUCGCUGCCGGGCUGCCAGGAGAUCGCAGAGGAGUUCCGUGCACAAGAGAUUGAUGGGCAGGCGCUGCUGCUGCUGAAGGAGGACCACCUGAUGAGCACCAUGAACAUCAAACUGGGGCCAGCCCUCAAGAUCUACGCCCGUAUCAGCAUGCUCAAGGACUCCUAGAGCUGCGCUGCCGGCUCGCACGGAUGCUCCCACCGGGUGGGGAGGGGGGGGACAGACCCGCGCCCCCCCCUCAGCUCUGCCUGUCCUGGUUGGGGGUGGGGGGGGACCCAUCACUGAGCACAAACCCCCCCCUCGGCUGCGGGGUGUGUACAUAGAGCCCGUAGCGAUAGUGGCCCCACUCUGGCAGGGAACUCCCCCCAGCACGACGGGGCGCAGCAGGAUGGUUGCCUUAAUGCGUGGCCCCGCCGGGACCCGGCUGCCCGCCCCGGUGUGGGGGUGGACAUGAGGGGGUGCCUGCAGAGAUGGCACUGCCCCCAGCGGGCACCUCAGUAAAGGACAGAGGUUGGUGGGGGCUCAGUACCCCCAGCAGGUAAGGACCCCCCCUCCCCCUCAGCCCACACCGCCGUGUCCGGCUGCCACAGUCUUUCUAAGAAAAGGAGGAAAAAAAGGAAAAAAAAAACCCAAACCACAGACCCCACAACCCCUUUUUUUUCCCCCC